CUGGGAGGAGGAGGAGCGCCUCGUGCCAUCAUCAUCCUCCUCCUCCUCAUCAGUCGCAGAGGAGCAGAUGAGGUGUUGGCAGCCGUCGCAGGACGCCUCGGUGGUGGAGAUGAGCGCGCUCGGCGUGUGGAUGCUGACGGCGGUGGCUCAGGUCCUAGUCUUGGUUGGUGAGGCUGAGCAAUCAGUCCUUUGCAGACGGGGGUUUAUACAAGAUGACUACUUCCUGGAACUUGAUGCAGAGCUGGCUGAGGGACGACCUGUCCUCAACGUGACGUUCAGGGGCUGCAGUGGAGGAAGAGUGGGGCUGAAGGUGGAAAACUCCCCUCAUUUCUCUGUCAAUGAUGAAGGUGUAGUCUUCACUCUUCAUCAUCUUUACCUGCUGGAGAAGACCCAGUUGGUGAUUUGUGCUCAAGACCUGCAGUCUGGACACGUGUGGAAAACCAGAGUCCAUCUCCAGAUUCAUCCAAACGGCAACAGCAGCCCACUGCAGACAAACCCCAGUGAUGCAACACUGGCUGAACAAGUACCAGAGAUCUUGAUUCCAUGGCGCAGCGUAGUAUCCAAGGGAGAUGGGACUCUACGGCGAGUGAAGAGGGACUGGGUAAUUCCACCCAUCAAUGUCCCAGAAAACUCCAGAGGACAGUUCCCCGAGGAUCUAGUCAGGAUUAGGUCAGACCGGGACAAAAACCGGAUGCUCCGCUAUAGCGUGACGGGCCCUGGGGCUGACCAGCCUCCAACUGGUAUCUUCAUCAUUAACUCCAUCUCAGGCCAGCUGUCAGUCACCAAACCUCUGGACAGAGAACACAUCUCCAACUUCCACCUGCGAGCCCAUGCUGUUGACAUGAAUGGGAAUCAAGUGGAGAACCCCAUUGAUGUCAUCAUUAAUGUCAUUGAUCAGAACGAUAACAGACCAGAGUUUCUGCACAACGUCUUCAAUGGUUCUGUACCUGAGGGGUCCAAACCUGGAACCUUUGUCAUGACUGUGACGGCAGUGGACAAGGAUGAUCCAAAAACCGCAAAUGGGAUGGUGAGAUACAGGAUCCUCUCCCAAAGUCCCAUGAGCCCAUCGUCCAACAUGUUUACCAUCAACAACCGGACUGGAGACAUCAUCACAGUCGCAGCAGGCCUGGACCGAGAGAAAGUCCCGCAGUACACCCUCAUCCUCCAGGCUACAGAUAUGGAGGGAAACCCAAUGUACGGCCUUUCCAAUACCGCCACCGCUGUCAUCAGGAUCACCGACGUCAACGACAACCCCCCGGAGUUUACAGCUGACAGAUUCUUCGGAGAAGUACACGAGAACCGAGUAAAUGUGAUUGUUGCCAACCUGACUGUGACGGACAAAGACCAGCCCCACACACAGGCCUGGAGCACCAUCUACCGCAUCAUUUCUGGAGACCCCACAGGACGCUUCUCCAUCUCCACCGACCCUGCGUCCAAUGAGGGCUGGCUCACUAUUGUCAAGCCUGUGGAUUUUGAACAGACCCGUUCCUUCACGCUCAACGUUCAAGCAGAGAACGAGGCGCCUCUGGCCCCCGGCAUCCAGCUCUCUCGUCAGUCAACAACAGUAGUUUCCGUUCAUGUCCUGGACGUCAACGAGAGUCCAGAGUUCAGCCCCAAUCCCAAAUCCAUCAAGCUGGAGGAAGGUCUGCCUGCUGGGACACAUCUGACCACCUUCACUGCCCAGGAUCCAGACCGCUUCAUGAGGCAGACUAUCCGGUACUCAAAGGUCUCUGAUCCUGCUAACUGGCUUAAGAUUGACUCUGUAAAGGGAGAGAUUUCAACCACAGCAGUCCUGGAUCGAGAGUCUCCAUUUCUCAGAAAUGACUACUAUAAUGCUACUUUCAUCGCCUUUGAUGAUGCCAACCCCCCUGCCAGCGGAACAGGGACUCUUCAGAUUUUCCUCAUGGACAUCAACGACAACGCGCCUCACGUUUUUCCUCCGGAGGUAGAAAUGUGCGAGACGCCAGAUCCUAAUGCCAUCAACAUCACAGCCAGCGAUUCCGACCUCCGACCCAAUGCUGGACCCUUUGCUUUUGAGCUGGCAAACCGUCCGCAGGACGUACGUCACAACUGGACCCUCAGUCGCCUCAGUGGGGAGCAUGUACAACUGCGACUUAAGAUAGGCGCCUUGGCCAGUGGGAUCUAUCAGGUUCCAAUCAUGAUCACGGAUUCUGGCCACCUGCCCAUGUCAAAGAAGUCCUUCCUGAAGGUCAAGGUCUGCCCGUGUGAUCACCAUGGUGACUGUGUGGACAUGGAGAGAAUCAUGGCCAUGGGACUGGGCACUGGGGCCAUCAUCGGCAUCCUCCUCUGCAUCAUCUUACUGUUGGUGCUGGUGCUGCUGUCUGUGAUGUGGAUGAAGAGGAGGGAUAAGGAGAGGCAGGCCAAGCAGCUCCUCAUCGACCCCGAGGAUGACGUCCGGGACAACAUCCUCAAAUAUGAUGAGGAGGGGGGUGGAGAAGAGGACCAGGACUACGACCUGAGCCAGCUGCAGCAGCCGGACGCCCUGGAGGCAGAAUGCAUCAAAGUGGGGAUCAGACGUCUAGAUGAGAGGCCCCUCCAUCACGAUCACCAGUACCCCCUUCGCUCUGCUGCCCCCCAGCCGGGGGACAUAGGAGACUUCAUCCACGAGGGAAUGCAGGCGGCAGACAACGACCCCACUGCCCCCCCAUAUGACUCCCUGCUGGUGUUCGACUACGAGGGCAGCGGCUCCUCUGCCGGCUCCCUGAGCUCCCUAUAUUCCUCCAGCUGUGGGGACCAAGAUUACGAUUACCUUGGCGACUGGGGGCCGCGAUUCCGCAAGCUGGCAGACCUUUACGGUGGAGGCCACGAUUAGCCCCCUCCCACCAGCAAGAGCCACUAUCCCCAAGUUAGCGUGACGGUGGAUGGAGCCGGACAAACUGAAAGGAGAACCUCUGCAUUUCCACUGGACUGCUUGUCAGGAGACUGGAUGCAGCUUUGGGAGGUGCAGCUUUGGCGAGCCGGGAGUCUUCUGGACAAGGUUUGAGCAGAUGCAAGUCACCAGAGCGCCAUCGCUCUGACGGACGACCGCUGUGACAGCCAUGCUAAAGAUGCUCAUCAACACUUGAAUCUUACAGUACAGCUGGUCAAAUGUGCCUUUGUACAUUCUUUCAGUUGUGUUUCAGUUGUGUUGCGUUAAAGCUCCCAGAGUUUUGCAGCAGCUGGAGGAGCACUUUGCCAUGACGGUGUGUGUGUGUGUGUGUGUGUGUGUGUGUGUGAGUUUGGUUUCCACUGCAUUCCUUGAAUGUGUCCGUGAGAACGAAUGUGAUUCACAUCCAACACACUGGAUGGAUAAUCCUAAAGGGCAAAGUCUAAACGUAAAUGCCUUGGACGAUCCAACCAGCAGACAUCUGUCUUCAUGCAGCUCUGGGUCACAGGGGUCAGAGGUCACCGCUCAUGGAAAUGUUCAGCUGAGGGAUUUACUUCAAUGUUCCGUUUUUGUUGGCACUGAAAACUGUUUGAAUUUGUUCAUCAGAAUUGUCUAAACUAAUUUAAGCCUUAAAAUGUGAGAUUAUUGGUUUUAGGUUAACUGUUAAAUAAAGUAAAAUAUUAUUUGAAGAAAAAAAUGUGCCUGCAUAUGAUUUCUAAUUAAACUCGUGAAAAAUCCUGCCGUCUUAACUUUUUCCUGGUUCUUUUGUGUGAAACCCAUGAAAGAGAUGUUUUUUAUAGGUUUGACUUCUUAAAACCAAACGUUCAAACCAUUUGAGUCCAGUAAACCAGAAUCUUCUCACUCAGCGGUGAGGUUGAAGCCGCUGUAAUAGUCUGUAAACAAACGUUCUCCAGGUUUCUCUGCUCAUCAAAAACAGGAAUUCAUUCAUCAAUAAAAACACGUCUUGUAAUGCUCCAAAGGAGGUGUAAAUGCAGAAUAAUACAACACAACAGUAAAUGUUUGGAAAUUGAACCCUGAGAGUCCGAUUGAAGCAUCUUCAGUGACUCUGCAGGAGAACGAGGUCUGGCCCGUUUAAAGUAUUUAAUUUAUUGCUAAAUCGUCCUGGACGAAGACAAAGUGCAUUUGGAGGUUUUCCACUGAUUUCAGGCAAAACUAGCUUUUACACUAAAUGUAAACACACUAAUGUGUGAAGAUGAGCUGAACUGCUGCUGCACACACAUCGGGAUGGAGCUCAGACCCAGAGCUGUUCACAGCAGCACUUUUUUGCUUCUUGGGUUUUCUCAGACUUCAUCAGACGUGUACAGUAAUGCUAGAGUUUAGACUUUGGUUGCUAAUAAUGGACGUCCUCGGUUGUUUUGUAGCAGACUGAUGGGGUUCAUGACCACCCAGGCCUCAUUUCUGCUGCUGUGUUCUCUGGCCAGCUACAAACUGAGACAUGUACAGAUUGUGAGUUUUCUCUCUUUGCUGUGGCAUAUAAAAAGCUAUGUAAAUGUGUCAUUUGGAUCACAAAAUAAAAUGGUUUUGCAUGUUUGUAUCUUUUCA